AUGACUACUACUACUACUACUACUACUACUACUACUACUACUACCACUACUACUACUACUACUACUACUACUACUACUACUACUACUACUACUACUACUGCUGACAAUAAUAAUUAUGAUGAUGUAUUUGCAUUACUUAUAAUUUUGUCUUGUACUGUGUCUUUGCAGGUUGACUUGAUUGAUAUGCAGAGUCAACCAGAUGGGAAGUACCGUUUCAUUUUCAAUUACAAGGAUCACUUGACCAAGAUGAUAUGCAUUCGAGCCCUACAGACUAAGACUGCCGAGGAGGUAGCUUUUCACCUGGUUGACAUUUUCUGUGAUAAAGGAGCCCCUCAUAUUCUUCAAUCUGACAAUGGGAGAGAAUUUUCAAAUAAGGUAAUCAAGGAAGUUCUGGCUAUGUGGCCAGAAUGGAAGCUAGUUCAUGGGAAACCAAGAUAUUCUCAAUCACAGGGUUCCGUGGAACGAGCAAACAGAGAUGUUGAAGCAAUACUCGCUUACUGGAUGAAAGCUAACAACACUACACAAUGGUCAAAUGGACUGCGCUUUGUUCAGUGGCAGAAAAACACGCGCUUCCAUUCUGGAAUUGGCAGGACACCUUAUGAAGCCAUGUACGGAGAAAAGGCUCAUCUUGGUAUUUCUGCUGUCAACAUACCAGAAGAAAUAAUGGAAGCAUGGAGACAGAGGAGCAGCUUGCAGAAGCACUUGUUUUUUUUAGUUAAUGAAGAAGAUCAAAAUGUAGAACAGGGGAGAAGUGCUGAAAGUUGUGCCAUAAAUUGCAACUCGUGUGGUCAAAACAUUCCAUGUCAUCCUUCUGGUCAGUGUUGUUCAACUGUAAAUGACAAUGUUGAUGAUCCUGUGCUCAGCUGCCUAUGCAAUAGAAAUCGUAGCAUUCAGGCUGAACGAAGGGAAUCGAAAAUACAACAAGAGAAGCAAGCUAAAAAAUUGAAGGAUAAAUCAGUACAGCGUUUCAAGCCAGCCCUUGCAGGGGACACUGUCAUGGUUCCUAUUCCACUUGUUGACCGUGGACGAGAGGAGUUUGCGAAUGCAAAGGCAAUUAUAACUGAAACAAUGGAUGGCGGAACCUACAAACUAGGGACAAAACAUGGUUUACUUAAACAGGUGUACAGUCGGAAUCAGUUCACUUUAUGUGCUGAAAAAUUUAUGUCACUCGAAGAGGUAAUAAAGGAUCGCGAAAUCAGUCUGCGAGAGGUAGCUAUUGCAGACUCGAUGGGACAUGGCCAGGGGAUCAGUCAUCCGUCGUACGCUCCUCUUGGUGCUCCCCGAGAAGGUCGUUGA